AUGUCCUGGGUGAUUGGGCUCUUCACCGUAUUUACUGUCUACCAUGUCAACAGUGGCGGGCUGCCACCUCCAGACGUUCUGUCGAACAUUCCCAGGCAAAAUUCUACGGAGUUUGGAAGCGAUGGAACAACAAUGAAUACUACCAUUGCAUCAGGGUUGUCAUCCUACCCUACUACUGUAAGGUACGAUGAUUAUGCUGACAAAGAGGAGUCUGUGUUGGGUACGAAAGUCAUCACUGAAGUGGUUGUUCAGGCAUUGAACUGGCUCGUAACCGCUUUCAUUGGACUCAUAGCCAACUCAGUGGAACGAACGAAUUCCACGGAACCGUACGAAGAAGGCGAAGUCGAAUGGAAGCCCUACUGA